AAGGCCAAAGCUGUCCUCAAAUUUGUGGAAGCCAUAUCAGAGAAAACUCUACGGAGUACUGUGACCUUGACUGCUGCACGAGGGCGUGGAAAAUCAGCUGCUUUGGGGCUGGCACUAGCAUCUGCCGUUGCAUUUGGGUAGGUAAUAGAGUACACAAUAGAAGUAGCAUGUCGUAUGCAGCAGAUCUGAGAUCUGAAGAAACUGUUUGGGGGAGGAGCUGGGCUCAUUGCCUGAACAGCUGUUGGUAAUCGAGCUUAACCAUAGCUCAUUAGGAUUUCAUCCACAGAUUUAAAAGUAAGAGUGGUAAAUUAAUGAUCUUGCCAUAACUUGGUCUAGAAGGGGGAGGGAGUGGGGGAGAGAAGGGUAAAAUAUUCUUUUUCCUUGUUUAGCUGAUUAUUCCACAUUAUUAUUCAUUCAAAUUAUAUCUCCGUUUCUGAUUUGCUCAAAUCUCCUAGCCUACGUGUAGCCGCACCCCGUGGGAAGGGUGCGGCUACACGUAGGCUAAAAUCUCCCGGCUAAUUCUUCACAACCGAACUUGCUCAGGAUUGUUAGCCUACGUCGUAGACGUAAUCUAACUCCCCGGUCCUCACUAACGUCUGCGAAGCAGCACUGAUUUCCUAGUUCCAGGCCUCCAACGGUCUCAACGAAUUACCCGAACUACCGCGCCGAUGUACGUUUCGAAUUUUCCUUCCGUCCGAUUGGCAAAUCGACGAUGGCAUUUUUAACAGGCCAAUCAUGGCGCGUAUUCAAAUCCUGGUACACAGGUGGGACCCAGAACAAGGAUUUCAGCGCUGUUUCGCAGACGGACUUAACCAGAGUUUAGUUUCGUCUGUGGCGCAGGCUAAGGACUGUUAGAUUGUAGCCUAUCGGCAGGUUAGGGACGUGUAUUAAGGCCCCCAAGAAUACCAAUAUAUCGUGUUUUUUUUUUUUCACUUGUAGGUACUCCAACAUGUUUGUCACCUCACCCAGUCCUGAAAAUUUAAAUACACUGUUUGAGUUUGUUUUCAAAGGAUUUGAUGCAUUGGAGUUUCAGGUUUGUAAUCCAGCAAAAAUACCGUGAGUGAUCUGUAAAAUGGCAUUGAGACCGUGAGUGAAAGCGAAAUAGGCGUCACUAGUACCCUCUUAUACGCUUGAGCGAAGAGAGACGAGGUAGAGGAAACGUUUUUUACAGUCAAGCCAGUUGAAGUGUAUCCCCCAAGAUACUGUUAAUGAAUUUGUUAUUCGAAAGUUGAAUCUGUUAGUAGUUGUAGAUUGCAGAUUCAUCUCUGCAUUCUUGCAUGCGUAAUGAGCUGUGAAUUCACUCGCGAGGCAGUCAGGAAAUUUCUACCAGCUCAGCUUCCCUGAAUUUGAUGGAAAUGUCUUCUAAGAAAUUUAAUCCAUUGAAAGAUGUUCAAUCUGACCAAAUACAGAAGAGUUGUCGUAAAAUAUUCACAGCUCAUUACACAUGCAGGAAUGCCGAUUUGACUUUGACAUUAGUUACGGGAACGACUAACUGAUUCAUUUUUCAAACUUUUUUUUAAGUGAACGAAAUUUUUGCGCAGUUUCACUUCUUGGGUUCUUAUGGAAAGGACUUUGUAUCGAAAUGACCGGUUUCCCUUCCAGGGCGUGAGAAAAGGUGCUGUCCGAUAGGCUGGGGCUAGUGGAGCGUCCCUAGCCUCCCACUCAGACUUUCUUAGGGGUUCGUCGCGCGUUCCUGCCCCGCUAGUGGGGCAGGAACACGUUAUGAACCCCUAAGAACAUCUGAGUGGGAGGCUAGAGCGUCCCUUGAGGCUGGCAUGUUGUUGUUACGAGUUAUUCAACUGGCAAGUGACAUUUGCGGAGAUAAAAUACUUUCAAGUGAUUGAGGGGGCUGGCAUAGGCCUACAUGACCUAGGCCUGGGGUUGUAGACUUCAGCAACACCUUGCCCAAAAGACAAGCGAUUUUUCCCUAUUUUUAUCUCACCCUGAGAUUCCAUAAGGAAGGUAUGUUAACCGUCUGGCCAACAUGAAAAACGGGCAACAUCGCAAAUCAGUUCCUCUUGCAACAAUGUUGCAAAACAAGUUGCACGUUGUCGUUGCCCGUUUUUCCACCGACAUGCACUUCUCAAAACAAUGACUUGUUUAUAUUCUAGGAACAUCUAGAUUAUGAGCUGGUGCAGUCAACUAAUCCUGAAUUCAACAAAGCAGUUGUUAGAGUGAAUAUAUUUAGAGAACACAGGCAAACAAUUCAGGUAAAUGUUCUUUCUUGUUUUACUGGUACAUCGAACUACAACUAGACAUACAUUAUCGCAAAAAUCUCUCGGAGCAGAAAAGGGUCAGCAGUGAGAAUAAAAAUACGAUGAAAGAAAAAAAACGAGAAAAAAAAAACUGGAAGUAGAUUUGAACGAGAUUUGAACCUGCACCCCAACUUCCUCCGGCACAAAAAGUGAAGCCUCGUGCCACAUGGGUACACAGGGGACACAAGGGACACAGGAUACGCAAAGGGAAACAUGGGAACACAGGGGACACAAGGGGACACAGGGAGACACAAGGGACACAGGAAGACACAAGAGACACAGGGAACACAAGGAGACACAGGGAACAUAAGGGACACAGUUGGACACAAGGGACACGGUUGGACAGAGUGGUCACAAGGGGGCACAAGGCGGCACAGUGGACAUAAGGGGACACAGGGGACACAGGGGACACAGGGACACAAGGAACACAGGAGACACGAGGGUCACAGGGAUCACAAGGGGACCCAAAGGACACAUGGGACACAGGACAAGGGACACAGGGGACACAAGGGGAAACAGGGGACACAAGGGACACAAAGGGACACGCGGGACACAGGGAACACUAACGGACACAGGGGGCACAGGGAACACAGGGGACACAAGGGAACACAGGGGACACAGGGGGACACAGGGAAAACAAAAGGACACAAGAGACACAUGGGGACACAAGGUACACAAGGGGACACAGGAGACACAAGAAACACAGGGGGACACAGGGGACACAAGGGACAGAAUUGGGCACAGGGGACACCAGGGGACACAAAGGACACAAUUGGACACGAGACACAAUUGGACACAUGGGACACUGGGGGGCACAGGGGACACAAGGGGACACAAUGGGACACGGGGAACACAGAAAUAAUGCCAUUUCGCAUUAUUUCCGUGUUAUUCAUUCUCGGACAUUUCUUUGAGAUUAACCGCAAUUUCACAAUGGCAGUGCUUACGUUACAUAUGGUAAUAACCUCAAGCGAAGUUCUGAGUCUCUCUACUUUUUUGACCCCUCCAAAUCAAUAACAAAUAUCAACUCUCCUUUUAUAGUACAUUCACCCAUCUGAUGCGCACAAGCUUGGUCAAGCGGAAUUAGUGGUGAUUGACGAGGCUGCUGCUAUACCUUUGCCCCUGGUCAAAGAUCUCAUGGGUCCUUAUCUUGUCUUUCUCUCGUCAACUGUCAACGGGUAAGGUUGAAAUUUGUGCUGAAAUAAAGGGAAUUUCAAAGUAACUUUCUUUCCAGCUGCAGUCAAACCUCCACCUACGGCCACCUCUCCACAACGGCCAAUUUUUUCUGCGGACAGUCCAUAAAUUGACUCUUGUUUAAACUUAUUUUCAACGGCUACUUUCUUCUGUCCCCAAGGUGGGCGUUGUGGAGGGAUUCAACUGUAAAGGUUUUUAUAGCUUUCCGAAUGCUGAUUCAUCGAGUGGUCUAACUCUUUUUUGAGGGCUUUCAGAAAGUGGGGAAGACGCAAAAGUGAAAGGUACGCGAAAAGUUGGCGGGGCGCCCUUCCCCUCCCCAGUUUCCUCCCGGUUUUUUUCCAUCUCCGCGCUUCAGUGGACUCGACUAUCUCGGAGCCUGGAACAGGCUACCCGUUGCCCGUUUACCAUUUUGGUAACAUCCCUGUUGCCGAACCGAAAAUAUAAGAGUGGUGAGUGUCUUGUGUUAGUUUCUAUGGCACUUUGGAUGAAAUCAAAUCUGAUGGUAGAUUUUCCUACGUAGGUAUGAAGGAACUGGCAGAUCUCUGUCUUUAAAACUCAUCCAGCAGCUGCGAGAACAGAGUGCACCUUUAGGCUCAUCAUCAUCAUUAUCAAAAUCUGCAAACAAAGGAAGCAGUUCUACUACUCUGGGCCGCACUCUUAAUGAGAUAACACUGAACGAGUCAAUCCGUUAUGCUCCAGGAGAUGAGGUGGAGAGAUGGUUAAAUCACUUACUGUGCUUGGAUGCUACUGUGGUUCAGAAACUUACUUCAGGAUGUCCACUGCCUGAAAACUGUGAUCUGUAUCCUUUUGGCGUUCCAUGAUGGUUUUUUAUUUUUAAACUGUAUAAUUUGGCGUAUUUAGUUUGUGUAGCAAUUUCUGAUAGAACAAGUAAUCUUCAUGGCAUAUAUGUUCUUGUUCAAGCGCUUAUUAUAUUAGAGUGUAAUCGAAAUUGCUAUAACCGUUUCUGUGCACUAAUAAUAUGCAGUUUCUCCAGUUGUAGGACUUGUAUGACUCAUAACGCUCGAAAAACCCCUCUCAAAAAUCUGCUCUCAAUUUUCAAGUGUCGCUAAUUAGAUGCAAUUUCACCAGUUGUAUGAUUUAUACGAGUCGUACCACUGAAAAGGUCCCCCCUCGACAAUUCUGCUCUCAGUUCUUGAAAAUUUCGCUGAUGAGAUGCCAUUUCACCAGUUGCGCGAAUUGUACGAGCCGUAUCACUGGAAAAGGGCCUCCCUCUCUACACUAAGGAGGUGCAACCAAGUAAUGUUCUUCACUUCUUUCUUUCAAACGUAUCACAUUCGCCACAUGAACUAAUUGCACAAUUUGACGACUCUUCCCACUUGAAUCUUGACUUGUACGACUUGAACAAGUGGACGCGAGUGUUACAUUAGCCCGCGAGUAGGCUCUCCGUAGAGAACGCGCGAGCUUGAGCAGCAAGGCCGUCCUUUUCGCGUCUCCUUUCGCUCGUGGCGCUCGCUCUUAAAUUUUCACGAUAUCCCUCAAAUGGAGAGCUUGGUCGCAGGUUAUGUUGACAUCAGAGUGUUUCUUAAAUUGCAAUUAUUAAAUAUGAAUGAGGAGAAGUCAAUGUUGACUCGAAAUGAGUAUCCCUAACGCGGUUUAUUUUUCUCAAGCCGGAAACAUAAGCUCGAACUCUCUCCAACUUUGAAAAGUGAAGUAUGGAUAUUUCGUUUCGUGUCAUAACAUUAACAAAAUUUUCUAAUCUGAAUGGCUCUUAGCAGCCUGUUUUUAAUAUUAAUAGGACAAUGUAGUGGGAUUAUUCACGUCAUUGCUAAGUUAUUGAACGAUAUACGUCACCACGCUGGCUGUAAUAGUACAGUUGCCCUCAAUGGAUUCCUUUUCUUCCUGCAUCUAGCAAAAGAUUAGGGGCGAUAUUUUUCUUUCAUCAGCUAUCCCUUGUCUAAAUUUAUUUAGAACCGUGUUUGAGAUGAGUUUUUUUUAUACAUGACCUUAAUGGCAUCCUUCAGAUAUUAUGUCAACCGGGACACUCUUUUCUCGUAUCACAAAGCAUCUGAAGUUUUCUUACAGAGAUUGAUGGCUCUCUAUGUAGCUUCACAUUACAAGGUAGUUUUAUGAGCUGGUGCAGUCAACUAAUCCUGAAUUCAACAAAGCAGUUGUUAGAGUGAAUAUAUUUAGAGAACACAGGCAAACAAUUCAGGUAAAUGUUCUUUCUUGUUUUACUGGUACAUCGAACUACAACUAGACAUACAUUAUCGCAAAAAUCUCUCGGAGCAGAAAAGGGUCAGCAGUGAGAAUAAAAAUACGAUGAAAGAAAAAAAACGAGAAAAAAAAAACUGGAAGUAGAUUUGAACGAGAUUUGAACCUGCACCCCAACUUCCUCCGGCACAAAAAGUGAAGCCUCGUGCCACAUGGGUACACAGGGGACACAAGGGACACAGGAUACGCAAAGGGAAACAUGGGAACACAGGGGACACAAGGGGACACAGGGAGACACAAGGGACACAGGAAGACACAAGAGACACAGGGAACACAAGGAGACACAGGGAACAUAAGGGACACAGUUGGACACAAGGGACACGGUUGGACAGAGUGGUCACAAGGGGGCACAAGGCGGCACAGUGGACAUAAGGGGACACAGGGGACACAGGGGACACAGGGACACAAGGAACACAGGAGACACGAGGGUCACAGGGAUCACAAGGGGACCCAAAGGACACAUGGGACACAGGACAAGGGACACAGGGGACACAAGGGGAAACAGGGGACACAAGGGACACAAAGGGACACGCGGGACACAGGGAACACUAACGGACACAGGGGGCACAGGGAACACAGGGGACACAAGGGAACACAGGGGACACAGGGGGACACAGGGAAAACAAAAGGACACAAGAGACACAUGGGGACACAAGGUACACAAGGGGACACAGGAGACACAAGAAACACAGGGGGACACAGGGGACACAAGGGACAGAAUUGGGCACAGGGGACACCAGGGGACACAAAGGACACAAUUGGACACGAGACACAAUUGGACACAUGGGACACUGGGGGGCACAGGGGACACAAGGGGACACAAUGGGACACGGGGAACACAGAAAUAAUGCCAUUUCGCAUUAUUUCCGUGUUAUUCAUUCUCGGACAUUUCUUUGAGAUUAACCGCAAUUUCACAAUGGCAGUGCUUACGUUACAUAUGGUAAUAACCUCAAGCGAAGUUCUGAGUCUCUCUACUUUUUUGACCCCUCCAAAUCAAUAACAAAUAUCAACUCUCCUUUUAUAGUACAUUCACCCAUCUGAUGCGCACAAGCUUGGUCAAGCGGAAUUAGUGGUGAUUGACGAGGCUGCUGCUAUACCUUUGCCCCUGGUCAAAGAUCUCAUGGGUCCUUAUCUUGUCUUUCUCUCGUCAACUGUCAACGGGUAAGGUUGAAAUUUGUGCUGAAAUAAAGGGAAUUUCAAAGUAACUUUCUUUCCAGCUGCAGUCAAACCUCCACCUACGGCCACCUCUCCACAACGGCCAAUUUUUUCUGCGGACAGUCCAUAAAUUGACUCUUGUUUAAACUUAUUUUCAACGGCUACUUUCUUCUGUCCCCAAGGUGGGCGUUGUGGAGGGAUUCAACUGUAAAGGUUUUUAUAGCUUUCCGAAUGCUGAUUCAUCGAGUGGUCUAACUCUUUUUUGAGGGCUUUCAGAAAGUGGGGAAGACGCAAAAGUGAAAGGUACGCGAAAAGUUGGCGGGGCGCCCUUCCCCUCCCCAGUUUCCUCCCGGUUUUUUUCCAUCUCCGCGCUUCAGUGGACUCGACUAUCUCGGAGCCUGGAACAGGCUACCCGUUGCCCGUUUACCAUUUUGGUAACAUCCCUGUUGCCGAACCGAAAAUAUAAGAGUGGUGAGUGUCUUGUGUUAGUUUCUAUGGCACUUUGGAUGAAAUCAAAUCUGAUGGUAGAUUUUCCUACGUAGGUAUGAAGGAACUGGCAGAUCUCUGUCUUUAAAACUCAUCCAGCAGCUGCGAGAACAGAGUGCACCUUUAGGCUCAUCAUCAUCAUUAUCAAAAUCUGCAAACAAAGGAAGCAGUUCUACUACUCUGGGCCGCACUCUUAAUGAGAUAACACUGAACGAGUCAAUCCGUUAUGCUCCAGGAGAUGAGGUGGAGAGAUGGUUAAAUCACUUACUGUGCUUGGAUGCUACUGUGGUUCAGAAACUUACUUCAGGAUGUCCACUGCCUGAAAACUGUGAUCUGUAUCCUUUUGGCGUUCCAUGAUGGUUUUUUAUUUUUAAACUGUAUAAUUUGGCGUAUUUAGUUUGUGUAGCAAUUUCUGAUAGAACAAGUAAUCUUCAUGGCAUAUAUGUUCUUGUUCAAGCGCUUAUUAUAUUAGAGUGUAAUCGAAAUUGCUAUAACCGUUUCUGUGCACUAAUAAUAUGCAGUUUCUCCAGUUGUAGGACUUGUAUGACUCAUAACGCUCGAAAAACCCCUCUCAAAAAUCUGCUCUCAAUUUUCAAGUGUCGCUAAUUAGAUGCAAUUUCACCAGUUGUAUGAUUUAUACGAGUCGUACCACUGAAAAGGUCCCCCCUCGACAAUUCUGCUCUCAGUUCUUGAAAAUUUCGCUGAUGAGAUGCCAUUUCACCAGUUGCGCGAAUUGUACGAGCCGUAUCACUGGAAAAGGGCCUCCCUCUCUACACUAAGGAGGUGCAACCAAGUAAUGUUCUUCACUUCUUUCUUUCAAACGUAUCACAUUCGCCACAUGAACUAAUUGCACAAUUUGACGACUCUUCCCACUUGAAUCUUGACUUGUACGACUUGAACAAGUGGACGCGAGUGUUACAUUAGCCCGCGAGUAGGCUCUCCGUAGAGAACGCGCGAGCUUGAGCAGCAAGGCCGUCCUUUUCGCGUCUCCUUUCGCUCGUGGCGCUCGCUCUUAAAUUUUCACGAUAUCCCUCAAAUGGAGAGCUUGGUCGCAGGUUAUGUUGACAUCAGAGUGUUUCUUAAAUUGCAAUUAUUAAAUAUGAAUGAGGAGAAGUCAAUGUUGACUCGAAAUGAGUAUCCCUAACGCGGUUUAUUUUUCUCAAGCCGGAAACAUAAGCUCGAACUCUCUCCAACUUUGAAAAGUGAAGUAUGGAUAUUUCGUUUCGUGUCAUAACAUUAACAAAAUUUUCUAAUCUGAAUGGCUCUUAGCAGCCUGUUUUUAAUAUUAAUAGGACAAUGUAGUGGGAUUAUUCACGUCAUUGCUAAGUUAUUGAACGAUAUACGUCACCACGCUGGCUGUAAUAGUACAGUUGCCCUCAAUGGAUUCCUUUUCUUCCUGCAUCUAGCAAAAGAUUAGGGGCGAUAUUUUUCUUUCAUCAGCUAUCCCUUGUCUAAAUUUAUUUAGAACCGUGUUUGAGAUGAGUUUUUUUUAUACAUGACCUUAAUGGCAUCCUUCAGAUAUUAUGUCAACCGGGACACUCUUUUCUCGUAUCACAAAGCAUCUGAAGUUUUCUUACAGAGAUUGAUGGCUCUCUAUGUAGCUUCACAUUACAAGGUAGUUAUUGCAAAGUUGUGUGUAAUCUCAAAGGACAACUCAUUCCCACGUCAAGGCUCACUUUAUGAAACUCAUCGGUUCUUGGUUUGUUUAGGCCCGAUUUCCGCUGCUUUCCCUGACUCGUCCCCGGUCUUCUUCGCGUAACACGAGCGGUGUCACCCUGCGCGCUACUACACCCUACCCAACCCUUGUUUUGACUUGAACCGCUGGACGCCAACCUGGUUGAGGUCAUUGUUAUCUAAGGUCUUCCGAUAAUCGAGCCUACGGUUUGUCACGGUGGUGUAGCAAUUGGCUUAUUAGUCUUUUUAUCUGGAGGCCAGUAGUUAAGCCCUGGUCCUGAAAUGGUACUGUUUGCUUAGACACUGCUCCACUCUGACACACCCCUCACAGGUGCGCGAUCUAGUCACGUGUGUAAAUAGUCACACGUAUGUGUAGUCGACUCGUCGUACACUGAAAAACUCUUGAAAUCAACUAUUCUUACUGCGCUCGUGGAAUUUUAUUUCUUCUUUUUAUUGUGUAUUUUUCUAGAACACUCCAAACGACCUGCAGCUAUUAUCUGAUGCGCCUGCGCAUCACAUCUUUUGCCUGUUGGGACCUGUUGACCCAGCACAGAAUAUCUUACCUGAAGUUUUCUGUGUCCUGCAGGUAUGUAACUUUGUUACACACUUAUAUCAGGUGGUUUCCAUUGUGGGCGCUUUCCAUUUAGAUAAAAAAUCCGGAAAUUUCGGUGGAAACAGAAAUGGAUUUUCCGAUAGGUAAAAAGUUGUUCUAUUUAAUCGUAACCCUGUACGGCGCCGAGCCCGUUACCCAACGGGAUACCAAGAUGGCUGCCGAGUUGGUAACAAUAGCGCUGCGCGCAGUUACUAUUUAUAAACCCGACACUCAGACAAGUUAACAUUAGCAAAUUCCUCACUUUUGUCUUAGUUUUGUUUUUAAAAUGUCAUUUUUGUCUGUCUUUUGUCAUUAAAAUGACAAAAAUGGCAAAACUCAGACAAAAAUUGCAAAUUAGUCACUUUGACGUCGUUCGCGCGCUACGCUAUUGCAACUGGUAUGAAGUACGAGAAACGUGUAAAUGAAGACGAAAUUCCGUUCGGAAUGUUCCAACCGGGAAAGCGGACCUACCUUUUUAGUUUUUCCAUUUUUUCAGGGAUUUUUCCAGUGGAACGAACCGACCAAACGUUUUCCAUUUACUGCCGAACCGAAAUUUUCGGAAAUUUUGACUAAAUGGAAAGCGCCAUGUACUUAUUUGCGGUUAUGGUGUGGAGGUGAAAGUGGUGGAGGCUGUAGUAGUCCUGUGCUUGAACUCGGUAAUGGUUGUGAUGGUUGUGGUACAGAUAACGCAUUCACCUAAUGACGUAAUAAAGAUCGAACAAACACUGUAAAAAUACCGACGCUUCAACACAGUAGCUAACCAACGAUAUCUUUUUGCAACACCAGAAACGACCAUUCAAGAUGAUGAUAAUAUGGCUGUGAUAAUGAAAUAAUGAUGGCUUGUUGGUGUCAGAAGAGGUGAUGGUGAAGGCAAUUUUGUUGAUGGUGGUGUUGAUCAUUAAUGAUGAUGAUGAUGAUGAUGGUGAUGAUGAUGAUGAUGAUGAUGGUAAUGAUGAUGAUGUUAAUGGUGAUGUUGAUAAUGAUCGCCAGUGUUGAUCUUGACGAUGGUGGCGACGUUGUGGUUGUUUUGUUGAGGUGGUGAUGGCGGUGGUGGNUUUUAGUUUUUCCAUUUUUUCAGGGAUUUUUCCAGUGGAACGAACCGACCAAACGUUUUCCAUUUACUGCCGAACCGAAAUUUUCGGAAAUUUUGACUAAAUGGAAAGCGCCAUGUACUUAUUUGCGGUUAUGGUGUGGAGGUGAAAGUGGUGGAGGCUGUAGUAGUCCUGUGCUUGAACUCGGUAAUGGUUGUGAUGGUUGUGGUACAGAUAACGCAUUCACCUAAUGACGUAAUAAAGAUCGAACAAACACUGUAAAAAUACCGACGCUUCAACACAGUAGCUAACCAACGAUAUCUUUUUGCAACACCAGAAACGACCAUUCAAGAUGAUGAUAAUAUGGCUGUGAUAAUGAAAUAAUGAUGGCUUGUUGGUGUCAGAAGAGGUGAUGGUGAAGGCAAUUUUGUUGAUGGUGGUGUUGAUCAUUAAUGAUGAUGAUGAUGAUGAUGGUGAUGAUGAUGAUGAUGAUGAUGGUAAUGAUGAUGAUGUUAAUGGUGAUGUUGAUAAUGAUCGCCAGUGUUGAUCUUGACGAUGGUGGCGACGUUGUGGUUGUUUUGUUGAGGUGGUGAUGGCGGUGGUGGUGGUGGUGGUGGUGGUGAUGAUGAUGAUGGUAGCAGUGAUGAUGAAGAUGAUGGUAGUUAUGGUGAUGAUGGCAUUGUUGAAGAUGACGAUGGUGGUGGCGAUAGUGGUUGUGGUGAUGAGGGCGGUAAUGAUUAUGUUGAUGGUGGUAGUAAUGAUGAUCGCAAUAAUGGUAGUGUGGGUGGAGAGUGUGGUAGUCGUGGUAGUGACGGCGGUGGUGAUGAUGGCAGUAGGUGUGUUUACUUGUGUUUUUAGUGGCAGGAGCUGAGUUUCACUUUCUCAUUUCAGGUGUGUUUGGAAGGCGAUAUUUCCAAGUCCUCUAUCAUGAACAGUCUGUCACGUGGCAAAAGAGCAUCUGGUGAUCUGAUACCUUGGACAGUGUCACAGCAGUUCAAUGAUCAUGACUUCGCCGGUCUUUCUGGAGGAAGAAUUGUUCGAAUUGCCACCCAUCCUGACUUCCAAGGGGUAUGCCUACUUACAAUUGUUCCGCCACUGAUUUUCUCCCUUUUCUACCUUAUCGUGUUCGUCAUUCUCCUGAAAUUGUUGCCCGAAAAGACGCGGGUAGAAAAUUGUGGUAAUGUCAAAUAGUGUACAUUUUUCUUUGUAUUAUUUCCUCAAACUUUAGCAGCAUAAGGGUGCAGGGCAGUAGCGUUUGAAAGUUUAUCAUAUUUUCGUACCCCAUGCAAAGGCGGAUACUCGCAAGAAACCGUCGUUUCCUUUGGCUUGUAAGUCAGUGUUCGACAAUCCACUCCCAUGAACUUAUGACCUUCAAUAAAAACUAGUUAAUUAGAUCAAAUUGAUGAAGCAUAAUAAAGUCGAUAAACAGAAUUCACGGCAAAAGCUCCAUAAAGAAGGGAAAAUCGGAUCGUAAUUUCCAAAAAACGUUUGAGAACUUUUCCCUUGAUGAUUGGCGAGGCUACAUCAAACUCUUCAACGAGAGAUUCAUCGCUAACUAGUAAGGUUGAAGUCUAUUUUAAAAUCCACGCCUCUUCAAUUCUUUGAGGCCGACGGUGCGCCCAUUUUGCCUUCCCCACCCCCCCACCCCCCCUCUCCUUCAAUACUCCGUCUUACGGGUAUUAAAGCUACUUAAAGCUACACGGAAAGGAAAGAAGUCGAAACAAAGAUCAGAGGUCACACCUGAGAAUCGAACCCGGGACCUCCCGUACAUAAGGCCGCACACUAGCCGACUGCACUACUCCUUGCUCCUAAUAGGGAGCUUAAGUAACAACGACGACGACGACGGCGGCAACAAGAACGGCAAAGAAAACGGGUUUAGAUUGGCAAAACAACACCUUUGCACUUGCAUCACGCUUUUUGUACCUUUCUUUGCCGUCGUUGCACGAGUACGACGUGAUACUGCCUAAUUUCACGUUUUGUAUCGGACGUGAACACAAGACAACGACUUCCUUUUUCUUUUCUGAACUUUGAUACAGUCCUUUAGAAUUCAACUCCAGAAAAAAUUCGCCAACAUUUGACGAAUUGAACGAGAUGGAAUAAGCGCGAUAAAGUUUGAGGCAGCGCGAAUUCACUUUUUAAGUCACGUUUUCGUAGCCGUCGUCAUCGUUGUCGCUUAAGCUCCCUAAUAUCACAUAAAACAUCCUUGAUUGUGUUUGAUAGAGUACUAUCUUGUGAUAAAUGCCAUCACUGGAUACUGUUUUACAGUAGAAACGACACUGAGAUUCCAAGAUUGAGAUUUGCUGACUCAAAAGCACCAUCUUAACAAAUUCAAUGCUGGCAUUUUUCCUUUUCGUCACAGAUGGGAUAUGGUCGACGAGCAAUGAACCUCCUUAUUCAGUAUUAUGAAGGAAAUAUUCCCAGUUUAGCUGAGGAGAGUAAAGAGGAAAAGCAAAUUCCAACAUUAACUGAGGACGAGGAUUUUGGUUUGCUCAAAGAGGUCAUAUCUCCCAAAAGCAAUCUACCGCCUCUGUUGUUAAAAUUGAGUGAAAGACCUGCCGAACAACUUGACUACCUUGGGGUGUCAUAUGGCCUGACAGGACAACUGCUUAGGUAAUUGUAUAACGUGUAAUAAAACGGUGAAAUACAGCUUGUAAAUGGCUUAUAAAACAAAACACUAAUGGUGCGUUUGAUUGAUUGUAUUCAGGAAUAAGAAUUCGCAAACGUUUUGUUACAAAUCUCUUGCAACGUGAUUUGUGGACUGCAUAAACGCUACAUACAUUAGAAUAUUUUACUUCAAGCAGAUUUCUAGAUAUUGCAAUGCACUGAAUGCCAAAAUAACUUAUUUCUAGAGUUUUUCCAUUUAUUCUUAUCACAGAAUACGACACAAUCGAUACGCCCUAAAUUUCAUUCUUCCAUUAUCGUUGUCCUUAUCUUUGGAGAGAUUUACAAUCACUUUUAAGGUAAACAACAAACGGCCAUUUGUACCACGUGACCAAGUUUACCAUUUAUUUGUCGUCUACUGUUCAUUAAGUCUACACAAAAAUAAGCGAUCUCCUGACAAGUUCAUCCAUAAGAAUUAAUCUUUCUAUUACCUUUCUCCUUGUUGUCCUUUGAUAGAUUUGGCAUAGACAACGGGACAACAUUGAAGACAACACGCGCAGAUCUAAAAACCGAAAUGACCAGUGGCAGAGCGGCAUCGGAAGUCGCGUCCAGUCCUUUCCGCGCGUUUUCGCGUUCUCAUUUACCGUUGCGUUUUCUUCGCUAAAUCUGCCAAUUUUUAUCAUCAUUAUCGAUCAUCUUUGUCGUUUUUUUUUACCAUCAGCUACCCCUUCCUUGAAAUUGAAAAUGCAAACUGUUUCAUGUGUUGUAGACAUACAGUGUACUUGCAAACCAGUUUAGAGACGUAAACGCAAAAAAGACCUAGUUGAAGUUUUAUGCAUUAAUGUAUCGUGCCAUUCAUCCUGGUAAAUAGAAAUUGGUCAAUUUUGUGUCGUACCCAGUACACGAAAUAUGUAUCAACUACAACGUAAUGAAGAACAUCAAAACUAAAAGAAAUGACAGUUGCACUAGCCACAUUUGUUUUAGUCGCUUCUUUCCAAGUUAUAAGGGAGGAUUCUUGCGCCAUUGAAAAAAUUGCGUUUUGUUUUUUGUUGUUAUAGAUUUUGGAAGAAAUCAGACUUUGUUCCAGUCUACUUGCGGCAAACCCCGGUAGGUUAAUAACUUUGAUACGUAAUGUCGGUGAAAUUCGUUAAGAAGAAUGGAAAGUGAGGGAAUUUUUAUCAUUCAAAUAAAGCUUGCUUUAAACGUCGUGCUACUAUCAUGCCGAACUCAAUUCAACAUUAUAAAUGCAGUCAAGAAGAAGAAGAAGAAGAAGAAGACAUUUUAAAAGUUAAGGUGUAUGCUUUUUUUUCGACGACAGCUACUUAACUUGACUGUAUUUAAUUGGACGUCUGAAACUAAGUCGUGCUACAGUCGAUCAAGCUUCGGACUGCGGUAUCGUGACGUUUGAAACAGGCCUAAGUGGUUUUCUGCUUUGAGGCAGAGUUUUUGUCAGUUUUAUUUUCAAUGUAUUGUUUAUUUUUAGAAUGACUUGACAGGCGAACAUUCUUGUAUUAUGCUGAGACUUCUCAAUGACUCAGAAGAGGCCUCUAGAGAGAACUGGCUUCAAGCUUAUAUGGCAGGUGAAUUGAAAAAGAAUACCUAGUAUAUAUCCCUACAAAGAGUCAAGUAUAAUGGAUGAUUAUCCACUGACCACUUUGAACUGUAUUUAUCAACGGGAUAAGUGAAAGUCAAGUGCGGAAGUCCGUAAUGUACGUUGCAAUAGUGCAUAGUUCCAUGAUGUUUGUUAAAAGGAGAUGCUUUUUUGUUUUCGUUUGAAGUUUUCUUUUUGCGCAUGUUAAACGCACUUUCUGUCAGAAACUGUAGGGUUUUUAAGCAAGUGAAAGUUGAACGGGAUUCGAAACCAUGACCUCUGCGAUACCGCAGCAGCUAUCAAGCCAACUGGGGACUGGGAGCUGUUUGCCACGUGAGUUCGUAAUGUUCCAAUAAGAGGUGGAGAUAUUAAAGAUGAUGUUCUUUCACGUGAUCGAUGAUCUCCCACGUGUUAGAUCGAUCUCCUUCAGUUUACAUGUAUGAAAUUUUUCGUGGCAAUUUUGGAGUUUAGGUUUUGUUGGGGAAUAGUUUAAUUGGCUUUCAAGGAUGUGAAUAAUUAACAACUAUAAGAAGAGGCUGAGUAUCAUCUGAACAAUUGUGGAGAUCGAGGAGGGUGUUUAUCCGCCGAAGCGGAUUAACACCCUCCAUAAUUCUUCAGAUGAUACGAAAGCCGAAUUCAAUAAUUGUUUUAUUAUUCAUUUAAAAUAAUUUCUAGUUUGAAAAACAAGCUAAAACAUGCUUACCUCCAUCGAUGUUAAAAGUUCAUCUUCAAUUACCUGUUUUUCGGCAAGUUUAGGAGAUUAAGGGUUGUUCAGUACUGCAAAUAUUCUCCAAAUAGCAGAUGUCGUCCCUCGAGUUGUCUUCGUGCUGUUCUUGCUAUGUUUUUAUCCAACAGUUCGCCUAUUUCUUCCUCGUGAAGUGAGUGAAAUGUUCCGCCAUUUUGUACUCAAAACCAAAACAACUCAACCUCAUCCCCGGGUCUUCUCAGUUAACUGUUCAAUAAUCUGGGAAUUUUGUUGCACAAUUGACGUUAUUUUUCACAUACCGCACAUUUCUUCCAAAUUUGGUCGACAGUAGCUGGUUAUGACGAAUUAUGCGUGGGAUUUUAGCCAAUCAGAAACUGAGAAAUAUAUUGAAUGAAUAAUAACUCGUUUCAUUUGAUUAUUUACGUGUAAUGAGCUAGUUUUAUAUGCGUGUUUAUUUUACUUCUUGUCCAGACUUCCGCAGAAGGUUCCUGUCGCUUCUUUCCUACCAAUUUCGCAGUUUUCAUCCGUCACUGGCGUUGAGUAUCCUGAAGAAUAAGAGCGUUAAAGAAGAGAAGAAAGGUAAUGAUGACCAUCAGGAUGCCGCAGUGGACUCGAUGCUAUUGCCCCAUUAGCUCAAAAAUGGAAGAGAUAAAGAACACUCCCUUCUUGAAGUUCUUCAAAUUUUUCUCCGGCGACUUGAAAAGCAGCUGGGGCUGAAUUUUAGUUUGCGAACAAGCUCUCUGUGGGCGAGGGACCGCUUCCGGGAUUCAGCUAAAGGAAAACGGAAUUACGUUAGCUCUCUGGGGUGCCCUGGGGGCGGGUGACAGCACCCGGGAUUCAGCUAAAGGAAUCCAGAAUCCCGCUAGCUCUUUGGGGGGCUCUGGAGGUUGGGGACUGGAAUAGAGCCCACCAGAGAGCUUGUUAGCAGGCUAGCUGAAUAUAUUUCACCAUGACCAGGUAAAAACUAUCGUCAAAAGGGAAAAGUAGUUGAACCACUGGAGGAAAGGAUUCUCACUGUGGAUGCUUUUUAGGUUUAACAAAAGGAGACUUAGAAGCAGUACUUACGACUUACGACAUAAAAAGACUGGACCUUUAUUCACGCAACAUGGUGGACUAUCAUCUUAUUACAGAUCUACUCCCAGCAGGUAAGAGAUUAAGAGUUUAUGAAUUGUCUGGCUUGACUGUCUAUCAGUAAUGGGCUUAUAGGCACUGUGUCCCUGGGCAUUCUCUUUCAUCGUUAGUUUUUCAACUUUGUAAAGGAGCAUAAACAAAAUUAAUGGUUAUUUAAUCCUGCUAAAACUACUGAGCUAUACACCACUAUACUGAGUUAUGCACUUCUAUAAAGAGAUUUACCGUUGCGCCGAGAUAUACUGAGCUAGACAUUGUUAUACAGAGCUGCAGACCGCUUUACUGGGCUGCUGAAAGCUAUACCAACCUGUACACGUCUAUACUGACAGGGGUGUACUUUGCUGUACGCAACUAUACACAGCUUUUUUUAUAUGACUGCUUCCGUGAGUAGGCAAGGUGAAGCGAAUCCUGAGUUCUGAUUGGCCAACUGAGCGAGCGAGAUGGGCUUCAUCUUGCCCGCUCGGGAUUUCCCACGUAAGAAAAAAAAAAAAGAUUUUUUUGGCCAUUAAUUAAUCCUCUAUCAAUGAAGCCUCAUUUUAUUUUUUUUGUGUCUUUAUGGACGUUAUCUCCGUCUCGGUCCACUAAAAUACAAAAAUAAGGAGUUGGUCAAUACCCCGCCAUCAUGACCUCACGAUUGGUCAAGAACGUUUUUAUACCAAGCUGUGCACCGCUAUAGGGAACCGCAGGCCGUUAUACCAAGCUUUUCGCCGCUUUGCUUAGCAACGUUGUCUUCUUUCUGUCACAUUCUGUAGGGUGGGGAGUUGAAAGACCCUUCGAAGGAGGUUGUUUACUGCAUUGCACCGCUUAACGGAGCUGUACAUAGCUUUACUAAGUUCACAGGUAUAUGAAGCUGUACACAACACUCGCUUAUUAUCCCUGGUAAAAGUUUUAAAAAGCGUUAUAAUGAAAAGAGUAUUGCGGGGAAGUACAAUGUAACGGAAAGUAAAAUUACUUCAUUUAAACUGAUCCCCCACAUCUCUUGCCUUCACAGUUUCCAGGCUCUUUUUCCUUCAGAAGCUGGACUUUGAUCUUUCUGCCGUGCAGUCCGUAAGUUGCCUAACUCACGUAUAACAUAACUUUAAGAAAAAAACUGUAGAAACACCUCUUACUUAACUUGUUCCUUCCCCUUCAUCCUCCCUUUGUCAGCUUUGUGUUUUUUUUGUGUGUAUUUUCUUUAUCUCUUUUUUUUUUUAUACCUUAUUCCUUCCUAUUAUUGUUACUUUGCCUUCACCGUUCAUUUAAAUAAUAUUAAGUUUAUCUUUUGUAAUUAAAUAAUAGGGAAAUCCCACGUUAUAUAUGCCUAAUGGUUCCUUUGGGCUUUGUUGCCAUAUUCUAACGGAUUGCUGUAAUUUAUUACCAUGUCAGGAUAAGGUGGUGAAAUAAAAAGAAAAUUUCCGUUGCCAUUGACUUCGGUGUCUGAUCUCCUCUGCUGAGUUCCUUCUCUACUGUUUGACUUGCUAAUUAUUUCUUUCUUUUGAACAGGCUCUUCUACUCGGUCUUGGACUACAACACAAGACCAUAGAAACCCUUGAGGUACUAAUAAGAUCUUAAGUCGAAUUAUCACGGUCAAUUUCAGCAUAUAACAUGUUUUCCUAUGUUUGCUUCUUGUAGAAAGAAUUAGAAUUGCCCUCUUCGCAGCUGCUUGGUCUCUUCAACAGAACAAUAAGGAAAGUUGUACAGGUAAAAAUGUUCCUAUUGUGUGUCAGUAGCCUUCACAUAGCCUGCGAGCCGCGAGAGAACACGCGAGCGAGCCGCCCCUCGCCGUGCCUCUCGUCACCUUUCGUGUGCUGCUCUCAGGUGACUUUUCAUAAAUCCCCCAGAUGGAGAGCUUUCUCGCUGGCUAGAAAGCAGCCUACAUUUCGCCGAGCCAAUAGCGCGGUUUCCCGCGAAAUGGCGUCUCAGGAAACGAGCGUAGAAAUUCCAUUCUGAUGACGUGUCACUACCCAGAUGUAGGCGUUAUUGAUACUUUUUAACAAUAUGUAAUAUUUAGACAUCACGGCUGGCUAAAUUCAAGACGGUUUACAAUGCCAUUUUGUUAAACACCGUCUAAAUUCUGCCGACCUCUCUUGGAUGGCUCACUUCUGGCUUAAAUUUUUGUUUGUAGUGUUUUAACGCAAUUCUAGAAUCCGCCUUUGAAAGUCAAGUUACGAAGUCAAAAGAAGUAACAAUGGAACCAUUAGCUCAAGGACUCCAAGAAGAUCUGGUGAGUGCUUUCCACCCCAGCCGAGUUCACUAUACAAAAAUAGUAACAUAUGCGACCCUGUUAAUUUAAAUCAAGGCUUAGUUACGCCGCGGCUUUAGAUAGUCAAUAGACCUCAGUCCCGGUUUGUUUAUAGGCUGUUUAUUUGAACUAUAGGAAAUGGUCUUGUAGUCUGCACUUUUUACCUUGUUGACAAGGUUAAGAGAAGACUUAACCACCCGUAGGGGUAUUAGAAACGAGGACAUUUCUUCCUCACCAGCGUUUCUCGCCGACUUCACUGCAGUCUCAAAAAUCCCGCGGUAAUAGUGUCCGCUCUCCUACAAGAGAAUCUGCUCGUAUGUCCUCCGCAGCGGCCAGCUGGGGAGAGGAGAACAGUAAGGUGGCUUGGGACGAUCAUCGUGCACCGUGCGCUUUUUUUUUACGUGUCUUUUUUCUCUGCAGAGUUUGGUACUAUGGUACUGCAAAUUUAAUAUUUUAUAAUUUCAUUUAUUUAUUUUUUAUUUUUAAAUACCUAUUUUUCAACAGGAAGAAGCAGCAAAGGAAAUGAAAGAGAAACAGAAGAAAGAAUUGGAGAAGCUUAAACAUCUUGACCUCAGCGAGUAGGUUUACGUCCUUUCUUCAGUAAAACCCUUAUUUUUAAUAAAACCCCGAAAUAAACAGUGGAAUUCUUUUUCCCAGUGAUUGGCCAUUUUGAGGCGCUUGGGACUGGGUCGUCGUUGUAUCGCAUUGCUUUAUGGGACUGCCUUAAGGGACGGGUGAUUUUUGGACCCAGUUUCCGUCACAACUUCGUAAUGGCCGAUGAAAGAAGAAAUAGCAUUUCGGCUCCACCACGCAGUACAACAUGAAUCGAAGAUCAUUAGGCUUAUUUUGGCUGUUUCGGCCGAGCACCAAGUGCUAUAUCAAUACGUUAUGCUACAACUUCUAUUACAUUCAAAACUGUCGUAGUUAAACUAGACCAGAGCUGAGCGACAGUUAACAAAGAAUACUCUCAGAACGGAGGCCGGAAAAAAACCCAGUAGGGAAAAAACUGGGUAGGAUCCGUGGCUCAUGCUCUGAAAAGCCCAUCCUACGAAGGCUGCACGGUUCAAACGUCUUUCCAGCAAAGCACUAUGAACUCAAUCGCGAAACUCGAUCUGUCACUUAGUAAAUUAAAUGUAUAUAAAAAGUAAAUAGAUAAAAAUUAACGUGCGCUAAACGAGGUGCCGCCCAGAAUGCUUCCCACGUGAUAAGCAUCUCUUUUAUAGCAGUCCAUUCUACCUAUACUGCACUUCAACUGCCCCAGUCCCCACUGCUCCCGUGCCGCAGAAAUAUUUCAUUUUCGGCUAAUUCGUGUUCACUCAAACGCCGGAAAUUCCAUGUCCCCAAAACAGCCCCCUAUUCAAUUUCGAGGCAACACCGACUUGGUCUCGCGGGCAAUCUGAAAAUGGCGAAUAGUGACACGUACGGAACAGCAUUCCGAUGCAAUAUGUACUCCCGUUAUAACUGACAGAAAGGCCACGAUACGAAACAUUUAUGAUUCCCAUUGCAUGUGGGUACCCUAGACUGUACAGCUAAAUAAAUUAACAAGUAAAGGAAGCUUACCUUAAUAGACCUCUUAAGCUUGUUGUUGUUGUUGUUUUUUUUUCAGUAAAGGUUUUGGGUUAAUUUCCCAUUUUUCUUUUCGUAAGUUAUUAAAGCGUACAUAUGUACGCGAAUGAGACGAAAUUUGAAUGAAACAGUUCUCUGGAGUAAUAUCACAUGACCUGCGAUGGGAAAACAAAAAGCAGGCUUUAGGGGGGUGGGGAUGGGGAGAGGUAAGUGGCGUUUCCUUCCCCUCCCCCGAGAGUUUGGUACCAAGCUUAAAAAAAAGUCACGUGAUUUCUAGUGAUUUUAUCUUGGUGUCGGUUUUUCCUUAGGUUUGCGAUAUCAGGAAAAGAAGAAGACUGGCAGGAGGCUUUGAGCAGUGGCAAGAGUAACGUGAAUGUUAUUAGUGUGACAAGCACCAAGAGAAAGGCACAGUCAUCUGAAGAACAAAUCAAAACACACAAGAAACAUAAGAAACACAAGACCAAACACAAGACUGGGUGA